ACUAUCUCCACAUCGACCCACUACAACUACUGCGCCCAGCCUUCUGCGCACCAUCAUCGUCAACCGUGUCGUCACAUCGCAGUGGCAACUUAAGCGGCUGUCCGAGCGUCAGUCCGUUUAGUUGGCACGGAAGCAGCAUUUGGAGCACCAUGGCUCAUACAACGCACCUUUCCACUUCGCAGGUCUGUAAAAACUUUCCGCUUUAUGCUAAGAAAAGUGACGACCCAUUUUUGCUAUUGCUUCCGUGCCAACAAGUGCUCUGUGAAAUUGUCGCAGAUUGUUUCUCUAUGGCGUUGCUGUUAUUGUGCUCAGGUGACGUGGAAACUAAUCCAGGUCCUACUACGCGUACUGAGGCAUUACUCGAGCUGCAGAAUUUGCCAUCAAAUCCUUCUGAGCAGACGGAAGUUCUUUUCCGGCUGUUAAAAGACCUUCAGGCUCGUUCUGUACAAUCUGCUAAGGGUCAGGCCGAGUUGGUUAACGACGUCAAGGCUAUUAAGGUUGGUCAAAAGAACAUCGAGACCAAAAUGGAAUGUAUCCAGAAAAGAUUAGACAACCUUGAAGAAAAAACAAAUGUUCUAGACCAUCUCCAUGAUGAAAUGACUGGCAUUCAGGCGUCGGCUCAAGCCCAAACAACUCGGUUUGACUCUUUACUAAUGCGCGUUGACGAACUUGAGGACAGAUCGCGACGCAACAACCUCAUAUUUCAUGGCAUCCGUGACUCUCGGGAAUCGUGGGAACAAUCCGAAUCACGCAUAAGAGAAGCACUAACCGGUGUAAUCGACAGCCUGCCUGACACGGCAAUCGAACGUGCUCAUCGCAUUAGUCACUACACGCCUAAUAAGUGUCGCCCAAUUGUAGUUAAAUUCACCAACACGAAAAUAAAAGACAAAGUAUUUUCUAUGCGCGCACAGCUGAAAGAAAAGGGUAUUUCUAUCUCCGAAGAUUUUUCGCCCGCCACCCGUCACGUCCGUAAAAAACUAAUUGAGUACGCUAAAAGCCAGCCCCAACCAUGCCCUUUCCAGUUAAGGUACACCAAACUAAUAAUGAAUAAAAAACAGUUCGUCUAUGACCCGGCAACAGACACCGUCAACGAGCAUGCGCCAUAUGAACCACGAGAUAACGGCUGGCAUGCAAAUUCCCAGCACGUGCCCAGUUAG